AAUUGCAAUGAAGAUACUAAAUCUGAUGAUAUUUCAGGAGAAAAUUGUGGAAAAGAUUGUUUAGAUAAUUGGGACUUCAAAAAUUAUAUUAAAGAUCAUAAAACUAUGGGAGAAUUAUUCAAAAAUAAAUUGGAAUUUUUAGAAUGGUAUAUUGGCUUUGAGUUGAUUGAUUUGUCGCAUAAUUCUGGAUUUGAUAAAAUAAAGAAAUUAGGUACGUGGAUCUUGAAUAUUGAGGGAAAUGAUCGGUUACAGCUCGCGUUUCAAUAUAUUUUCGGACUGGGGUUCGGGUAA